ACUGUAUCCUGUCUCUACCCAGCAUCCUUUGCUGGGUCUUGGGAAGCCACUUCACUGGGCACGAAGCCUUCGAGAAGCCACUUCACCGCGCGAAGCCACCGAGAAGCCAUUUCUCUGAACUAGUAAGACGCUGUUAAGCCGAUAUGGCCUCAUAUUCAACUCCAAAGAAGGAGCGGACUGCACGUAGAGGCAGUGUCAGGUCCCAAGGUAAAGCCCCCGUCACAGUCUGCAGUGACACCUCAGCGGCCGGCAGUGCUUUCCAGGGGCUCGAAGUUGACUUGGGGGAGCCUGACAUCUUCUCGUCUCAAGGUAAAGCCCCCGUCACAGUCUGCAGUGGCACCUCAGCGGCCAGCAGCGCUUUCCAGGGCCUCGAAGUUGACUUGGGGGCGCCUGACAUCUUCUCGUUUCAAGGUGAAGCUCCCGUUGCUUCGGUUCUCGCAGUCUGCAGUGACACCUCAGUGGCUGGCAGCGCUUUCCAGGGCGUCGAAGUUGACUUGGGGCCGCCUGACACCUUCUCCUCUCAAGGUAAAGCCCCCGUUGCUUCUUCGGUUCUCGCAGUCUGCAGUGACACCUCAGCGGCCGGCAGCGCUUUCCAGGGCCUGGAAGUUGACUUGGGGGCGCCUGACAUCUUCUCGUUUCAAGGUGAAGCUCCGGUUGCUUCGGUUCUCGCAGUCUGCAGUGACACCUCAGCGGCCAGCAGCGCUUUCCAGGGCCUCGAAGUUGACUUGGGGGCGCCUGACAUCUUCUCGUUUCAAGGUGAAGCUCCCGUUGCUUCGGUUCUCGCAGUCUGCAGUGACACCUCAGCGGCUGGCAGCGCUUUCCAGGGCGUCGAAGUUGAUUUGGGGCCGCCUGACACCUUCUCGACUCAAGGUAAAGCCCCCGUUGCUUCUUCGGUUCUCGCAGUCUGCAGUGACACCUCAGCGGCUGGCAGCGCUUUCCAGGGCCUGGAAGUUGACUUGGGGCCGCCUGACACCUUCUCGACUCAAGGUAAAGCCCCCGUUGCUUCUUCGGUUCUCACAGUCUGCAGUGGCACCUCAGCGGCUGGCAGCACUUUCCAGGGCGUCGAAGUUGACUUGGGGGAGCCUGAAACCUUCUCCAUGGCUAUUGAAAACCUGGGGACAUUUUCUGUGCCUGACAAUCAGCCUUUUGACCCUGAGGGUAGCUUUGGCCCAAACAUACAACUUGGACGUGUUAGGCCCAUGACGAGAAGCCAGAGAGAGCUAGGCCAAGCCCUGAGAGGCGAAAAAGACAGCAACGAGCCCCCAGCUCAAACAAAGAGCUGUAGAAAGAGGAAGCAGCCCAGCCAAAACCUAACGACAAAAAGUCUAGGUGCACUUCAGCUUCCGGAAGCUCUCGAGUUGCCCCAUAGGCUUCAGCUACCAUCUUCUUUGAGCUCUCAGCCUAGCAGCAGCCACCAUUCUGAAUAUGCAGUGGGGAACCUAGACUCCCCAGGGCCUACUACCCUUAGGAGCACCACCAGGUCAGGCCCUGUGUCUACUCCAGCCCCUAUGGCCCUCAGCCAAGCCUUUCUGACUGUUUCUGGUCCUCCCAGCAGCGCCUCUGGGUCCAGCAGUGAUGAGAACGUCCAGGAACUCAGUCAACAGACCAUUCUGCAGGCUCCUGAUGAUGGAGUUUUCUGCAGGGAACCUGACUCCAGAGGCAGUGUGAUUCCCGGAGGCUGGGUUCUCCGCUCACGUGUGGUAACAUUUGGUCAUCAUAGCCCUGCACUGGUCAGCCCUGAGGUUCAGCCCGAAGUCCACACCAUAGGCUGGAAUUUACGCCCUCGGGCCACUCCACGGAUUCCUGUUCUUCACAGUGGUCCCCCGGUGUCCAGUCCUGAUACAGGCAGCCGUGCAACACAGAGCAGAAGCCGCAGUCGCAGUGCAUCCAGGCCCGGCUCUGACCACCGACGACGAAGCCGUGAAACAAAGAUGGAGCCGGAGCCUGAGCCUGAGCCCAAGUCCGAGUCUGAAUCUGACCACGAGCUCGAGUCUGAGUCGGAGGCCGAGGCCGAGCCUGAGUCGGAGGCCGAGGCCGAGCCUGAGUCGGAGGCCGAGACCGAGGCCGAGUCGGAGGCCGAGGCUGAGCCUGAGUCGGAGGCCGAGCCUGAGCCUGAGUCGGAGGCCGAGCCUGAGUCGGAGCCGGAGGUCGAGCCUGAGUCGGAGCCCGAGGUCGAGGCCGAGGUCGAGCCUGAGUCGGAGCCCGAGGCCGAGGCCGAGGUCGAGCCUGAGUCGGAGCCCGAGGUCGAGGCCGAGGCCGAGGCCGAGCCUGAGUCGGAGCCCGAGUCGGAGUCAGAGCCAGAGCUGGUGGAGAUGGAGCCUGGCCCUCGCAGCCAGUCACAAGCAAGGCCUUUCACCUCUACGCCUACACUUCCAAGGAGAUCUUCACAUGCAACCGCAAGCUCUCCUCCAAGGCGUCCAGUCCGUAUGCGGGCCUCUUCCCCUUCUCCUCCUGGUAGGCUCUAUCCUUUGCCUGGGCAGUAUGGUGAAGGUGCCAGUUCUUCCUCCUCAUCCACCAGUGAGCUCUGUGUUUCAAGCCCCCAUUCUUUAAAGGGCUCUUCACCUCCAUUAAGUGACUUGAGUUCUGUCUCUGGUCCUAGUCCUAAUACCCUUUGGCGUGCCUUGAUACCUGACCUGGAUAACCUCCAUUCCUCCUCAGAGAGGGAGUCAGAGGAAGAAACAGGAUGACCCUCACUCUCCUGCAGAGGGGGAAGUGUAGAGGAUGUCCCUUAUUCCACCCUUGCUGUUAUUCUUUGUGUGUUCUAGCAGACUGACAAAAGGAAUAAGCCCUUAUACAAAGUUGGCUGUGUGGUUGAUAAUCUGAGGUUUCUAGGGUUUCUACCUAUUCACCAGUAGUCUGAGCAGUUUUGAAGUCCCCUGUUCUCCUCGCCCCAACUAUUUAGCACUUAUAAGAACUUUGGUUCCAUUCAGUACCCCCAUUAUCUUUAAAACAGCUUGGGUUGUUUAUUUGUUGUUGGGUUUGGGUGGGGCUUUUGUUGUUUUUUAUCUUUUGCCUCUGAGUUGCUUUUCUGUAAUUAAGUAUUUUUAAUAAAGUGUUAAGUUUUAUU